CAACCUGAUUCUAUUGCCGUCAUCGCAUCUACAUUUUCAAACCAGUUCCACGACUCGAGAGCCUGUGCUUGUCAAACGCCACUGUUCCGAUACAAAACUGAGUUGUAUCGAAAUGCGAGCAAUAUUCUCAAUUCAAGUUUAAGUGACGCCGCAGCUUUUUAUAUUCCGCAAGUUUUGUGCCCAUGUCGCGACGGUCUCGAGGAAGCAACACCUGGGAGGUGCGUGCAUCGACGUUGGCUCGCAAUACCCAUAACCUGAUCAGGGAUAUCGUCGAGAACCUCCAGGUGGAACCGAAUCCAGAGAAGCAGCUGAUAGCGCUUUCAGUCGGUGACCCAACAACAUUUGGCAAUCUUAACCCUCCCGAGCAAGUGCUGCAAGCUGUUCGGGAGAGCAAUGAAUGGCUCAGCAGCCGCAGCUAUGGCCCUGCGAAGGGACACAUCGAGGCAAGGGAGGCCGUAGCGGAGUACAGUGCCCACCAGGGGGACAUAUCACCGGACGACGUCAUCCUCUGCAGUGGGUGCUCUCAUGCUAUUGAACUUGCCAUCACUGUGAUUGCUGACUCAGGACAAAAUGUGCUCGUUCCACGGCCGGGAUUCAUGAUAUACAAGACAGUAGCUGAAGGAUUAGGCAUUAAUAUCAAAUAUUACAAUUUAUUGCCAGAUCAACAAUGGAAGAUAGAUUUGGAGGAUCUAGAGAGCCAAAUAGAUGACGACACUGCCGCUCUAGUCGUAAUAAAUCCCUCGAAUCCGUGCGGUUCAGUGUACAACAAGGAGCAUUUGUACGAGAUACUUGACAUAGCGGCGAGGAAUCACGUGCCCAUCAUUGCUGAUGAAAUAUACGAGCACUUUGUUUUCUCUAAUCAUGAAUUCACUGCUCUAUCAGCACUCUCUACAGACGUCCCAAUACUGACAUGCGGUGGACUCACCAAGAGGUUUUUGGUGCCAGGUUGGCGUAUGGGCUGGGUCAUUAUUCACGAUAGACAUGAUGUAUUUGGAAAGGAAGUUCGUAAAGGCUUAUCAAAUCUGGCAACUAGAAUCUUAGGGCCGAAUACCUUAAUACAGAGGGCAUUGCCUGCAAUAUUGACAUGUACGCCGCAGAGCUUUUUCGAUGAAGUAGUGCUAUUUAUAGAGAAUCAAGCAAAACUGGCUUACAAUGAACUACGCUGCGCUCCGGGUUUGCGUCCCAUAAUGCCACAGGGUGCUAUGUACAUGAUGAUUGAAAUUAAACUAUCACUGUUCCCAAGCUUUAAGAAUGAAUUGCAAUUCGUUGAACGCAUGGUUGCUGAACAGUCCGUCUUCUGCCUGCCGGGACAGUGCUUCGCGUAUCCAAACUUCAUGAGGAUUGUGCUAACUGUGCCCGAGGAUAUUUUGCAAGAAGCUUGCAAGCGGAUGAUAAUCUUCUGCAAAGACCACAUCGUGUCCAGAGAGACUCUGAAGGAGAUAGACAGUAAUAUAGUAACUGUUGCCAAUGACAACGAUGUCAUCUGCGAUGCAACUGCACAAAUUGCUUAGAAUAAAAGGUAUUUUGAUUGUAAUAGUGAAAUAGAUAUCAUUUAUUUUCCAA